AUGUCGCAGAAUCCAGGACAAGAUCCUCCCCAGCAUGGUCAGCCGCUUGGAGGGGAAGAGAAGAAGAACCAGGAGCACAUAGCGACAGAAGUCUCGCAAAGUCAAGAGGGAAGCCAGGAUGGCUCGUCAGGAGAGGAGUUAAGCACGUCUAAAAUGGAUCAGACGGAGAAGCAGGAAAGACAACCCCAGGGCAAUGAUACUGAGGACGGACCAAAGUACGAAGUUGUGCCUAGAUCUGAAAGGCGCGGACUACUGGCAGGACUUGCUAUCAUCCCUGAGCUCCGGAAUCCUCUUGCCUACAAAAGUUCAACAAAAUGGAAGAUGACCAUCAUUCUUGCCUUGACAGCUGGCACAUCAUCCACUGGCUCGGCUAUGUUUUAUCGUGAGUACAUGAUCUGAAUCGAGGUCUAUCAUUGUACUGAGUGCGUCUGUAGCUGCUCUCGCGGAGAUGGCGGCCGACUUAAACUGCUCCAAAAGCACGGCAAAUCUGUCGAUUGCUUUCUACCUAUUGAUCAUGGCUUUUACUCCCCUCUGGUGGUAAGUCUAUUGUUGAAAUGCGUCCCAUGCCUAUAAAGCUAACGACUGCGGCAGGUCGUCUUGGUCUGAGGUGCUCGGAAGACGGACCGUCUACAUUUCUUCAUUCCUCUUCUUCGUCAUUUUCUCGGUCAUCAGUGCUGUCAGCGUCAACGUCGCGAUGCUGAUUGUUUUCCGAGUUCUUUCUGGAGGUGCCGCGGCUGCAGUACAAGCUGUUGGAGCAGGCAGCUGUGCGGAUCUUUGGGAGUCGAAGGUGCGAGGACGUGCAAUGUCUAUCUUCUAUCUGGGACCCCUUUUCGGACCCGGAGUCGCACCAAUCAUUGGAGGAGCACUAGCCCAAACUCUGGGCUGGAGAUCCACCUUAUGGGCUCUGGUAGUCUUCGGCGGAGUGCUUCUGAUCCUCAUCACCCUCUUCCUGCCGGAGACUGUGGUGCAACGAAAGCCCGCCGCCGAUGAGGGAGAAACCUUUGGCCAUGUCAUGAAGAAGCGCUUCAUUGAUCCCCUCAAAACGCUCAAGUUUCUGCAGCACCCGCCCAUCUUUAUUACGGUCUGGGCUGGAGGACUCGGCUUCGCAGUACUCUACGUGCUGGUGAUUGCUAUCCAAGCCACAUUUGAAACCGCUCCCUACAACUACAGCAUCAUUAUCGUCGGCCUCAUGUAUAUUCCACCCUGCCUAGGAUAUUUCGUCGCAUCGCAGGUCGGCGGAAGAUGGACCGAUCACCUACUCCAACGAGGAGCACGCAAAGCUGGCCGUUAUGACGAGAAUGGGAAGCCAAUCUUCCUGCCGGAAGACCGCAUGCAGGAGAACAUCUGGCUCGCAGGUUUCAUGUAUCCGCUUGCCCUGAUCUGGUUCGGAUGGACGGCGCGGUAUGGCGUCCACUGGAUCGUUCCCAGCAUCGCAAACGUCUUCUUUGGCGUAGCCUCGAUGUUGGUCUUCAGCUGCGUGACAACAAUGCUGACAGAGUUUACACCGAAGCGUUCCGCUAGUGGUGUGGCGUUGAACAACUUCAUGCGCCAGAUUCUUGCAACUAUCAUGUGCGCCACGACUCAGCCGGCCAUUGAUGCUAUAGGGGUUGGUUGGCUGUGCACUAUCAUUGCUUUGAUUGCACUUGUUACGGGCAAUCUGGCGGUACUUGCCCUGAAACUGAAUGUAGCACAGUGGCGAGAGAAGAUGGACAAGAAGAUGAACCAACCGAAACCUGGAGGACAAUAA